AUGAAAACAUUUAAACCCAAAUGUAAUUGUAAAGAGAAGUAUUUGGGAGCAGAGUUACAUCUGCCGCUCACAGCUCAGCUAUUAUUUCCAGCAGCCAACGCAGAGCAGGCAGCAGGUACCCCCAGGGUCGGGGCAGCUGUGCCACGUUUUGGAGCAGAGCAGCUCCGACCUCCCUCAUCCGCAGCUGGUCUGAAGACAGAUGGACAUCAACUUAUUCUGGAAGUGGUGACAGGCUGGAAUGCUGUAGACCUGGAGGUCAACAGGGAGAUUGUAUUUCAUUGCAACAUCCAUGACCUGGAUUUUGAGGGUGAUGGCAAGCUGGAUCCACUUUGUGAAGAAGCCAGAAAAGCAGUGUUAAAUGCUUAA